GUUCUAGGUAUGGGUUGCAUAAGUUAGAGUUAUAUCACUGUCACUUGCAAUAAAUCUCCUGUUUUAUAAUUUAAGCUGGGCCUCAGCAGGCAAACGACGAUUCAUCACCAAUCGUAACCGUAGCAAUAAUCUUGCUAUUCUCCAUAACGUUGAUUGUUCAUUUUCUAUUGUAUUGCAUAACUUCCUGAGCUUUUUCUCUUAUAUUUAAUCAAGAUGUCAGCUCCGACUGAUACCAACAAGGCCAAUCCAUCUGCGACCGUACCCGAGUCUCCUACCACCGUGCGCCCGUUCGAGAUGGAUGACGAUGAUAUUCAAGAGACAGUCCCUCUCGGUGAAGACAAUGCCCACCCUACGACUGCGACAUCGACUACUACCAACCCAACUGCAGCUACCGAGCAAGCCGCGCCCCCGAAGCCCCCUCGGCCACUUACCGAACAACAGAAGAAUGAGCAGAUUCUCAAGGAAGCUUUCCCUGACAUCGAUCUUGUGGUCAUUAAGGCUGUAUUGAAUGCGAGUGGCGGUCAAAUUGAUCCGGCUUUUAACGCUCUGCUAGGUAUGAGCGAUCCUGAUGCCGUCCAGAAUGAACCCGAACAAGAUGCUCCCCCUCCACCUCAACCCCCGCGACCAACUGGGCCUAGAAGUCCCAUGUCGCAGAUGGAGGCGGACGAGCUCUACGCCCGCCAACUAGCUCAGCACUACGAUAGCGUCGGUGCCUACGAAUCGAGAACACAGAACAGGGGCCCUGGUGGCCAGUUCCCGCGACAGGCAACCGGUCUGAAGCCUAACGAGAUGUACGACCGAGAGCAUAGUUUCAUCGAUGAUGAUCUGCCUGUUAUCAAGGAAAAUUUACGCAAAGGGUUCAUGGAAACUCAGACUAAGGUCAAUUCUUGGUUCACCAACCUAAAGAAGAAGAUCGAUGGAGAGUACGAUGAAAAUGAGGAUGAGACUCAGCCCUCGAAAAAUCAGCGUCAAAGCUUGGGUAGUAGGCGCAGCGGAGAGGGCUCUCGAAGAAGUGCGGACUACCACGGCUACGACGCUGAUCCACAAGUGCUUAGCGACGAUUUUGCUGGAAUAAGACUCCAUCCGGAUGGGAGGUCAUCCCAAGAUCGCCCAUCGAGCAACCCAAUCUACAGACCUCCGCCGUCUACAUCACCUAAGCCUGAGGGUCGUAAGGUUGCCUUCAAGGAUACUGUAGAGGAUAUUGACCAAUACAAUGCUUCCCCGAGAAUCCCACCAAAGGAUGGCUCAACCCCGCCUCCCGGAAAGCAGAGCAAGUGGCAGCCUCUAUCUUCAGUCGACCCCAAUCCAAUCACAGACAAUGAUCCUUUCAGCCUUGGGGACAGCGAGGAUGAGAAGGAGACGAAAGAUAAGAGUAGCGGAGGUAUUAAGAUGGACGAUAGUGAGAGGCUUAAGCAAGCUACAGCAGAUGCUAUGGCUGAUAGCUUAGUUAGCCCCGACAAGAAAGCCGGUGGCAGCAGUAAAUAGUGAGUAGUACCUAUCACUAGGUACCCGGUAUCAGUUAUUUCUACGUUUGGUGGAGGGGGUAUGGUGAGGUUGUGAUGACGCAAGUUAAUUGCGCGGUGCACGGAUAGUCAGUCCAUCUAUCCUAUUGGCCUCAAGUUUCAACACCGAG